AUGGAUCUGAACUCCUCUUUUCCUGGUGCUCCGUCUAACGGCAUCUCUGCUGCCAGUCCAAUGGCUUUUCAAAACGGAACCCCUCCCGCCACCGACAUGUCGGCUGUGCCUCCUCCCGCUGGUCCUACUCAGGAUCAGGCCAAGACCACCCUUUGGAUGGGAGAGCUCGAACCAUGGAUGGACGAGAACUUUAUCAAGGGCGUUUUCCUUUCCUCCGCUGGCGAAACUGUUAACGUCAAGGUGAUUCGCGACAAGAACUCUGGAAACGCCGGAUACUGCUUCGUUGAGUUCGCAACUCCCGACGCCGCUACCAAGGCGCUUGGCCUCAAUGGAACGCCUGUGCCCAACAGCUCCCGCCAAUUCAAGCUGAACUGGGCGUCUGGCGGCGGUCUGGUUGACCGACGCGACGAUCGCGGCCCCGAGUACAGCAUCUUUGUCGGUGAUCUCGGCCCCGAGGUCAACGAGUAUGUUCUGGUCUCUCUCUUCCAGGCUCGCUUCCCUUCGUGCAAGUCGGCCAAGAUCAUGACGGAUGCCAUGUCGGGUCAGAGCCGCGGCUACGGCUUCGUGCGCUUCUCCGACGAAAACGACCAACAGCGUGCUCUUGUCGAAAUGCAGGGAGUCUACUGCGGCAACCGUCCUAUGAGGAUCUCGACUGCCACUCCCAAGAAUCGUGGCAACCACGGCUUUGGUCACGGACACCAGGGCGGUCCGAUGAUGGGCGGCGGUAUGCCUCAGCAGCAGAUGUGGGGAGGAGUCCAAGGAUUUCCCUACGGCGGCAAUGCCGGUGCUGGUGGCGGCUUCAACCCAGCUACUCAGAUGAACCAGUUCACCGACCCCAACAACACAACUGUUUUUGUCGGCGGCCUUUCUGGUUAUGUCACGGAGGACGAACUUCGAUCUUUCUUCCAGGGAUUCGGAGAAAUCACCUACGUCAAGAUCCCCCCUGGCAAGGGCUGCGGCUUCGUCCAGUUUGUCCACCGCCACGCCGCCGAGAUGGCCAUCAACCAGAUGCAGGGCUACCCCAUUGGCAACUCUCGAGUGCGACUCAGCUGGGGCCGAUCUCAGAACAACUCUGGAGUCGGCACUCCCUACCGCCCUGCUCCUCCUCCGCCUCACUACAUGGGCAUGCCCGGUCCUGCUCACGGUGGCCCCGGUCCUAACCCAUAUGGUGGCCCUCACCACUUUGGCGGUCCUACUCCGGGCCCCCAAGGCCCCUCAGGACCCCCAGGUCCCGCCGUCCCCCCUCAGGUAGGAAAUGAACAUUGA